AUGAAGUGGCUGCUGCUGCUCGGCCUGGUGGCACUGUCUGAGUGCCUCAUCUACAAGGUCCCCCUCGUCAGGAAGAAGUCCUUGAGGCAGAACCUGAUCGAGCAUGGCCUGCUGGAAGACUACCUGAAGACACACAGCCUCAACCCAGCCAGCAAGUACUUCAAGGAGGCUGCCGACACGCUGGCCACCCAGCCCCUUGAGAACUACAUGGACAUGGAGUACUUCGGCACCAUUGGCAUCGGAACCCCCCCUCAGGAGUUCACCGUCAUCUUUGACACCGGCUCCUCCAACCUGUGGGUGCCUUCAGUCUACUGCUCCAGUCCUGCCUGCUCCAACCACAACCGCUUCAACCCUCAGAAGUCCUCCACCUACCGGGCCACCAGCCAGAAGCUCGCUGUUGCCUACGGCACCGGCAGCAUGACAGGCGUCCUCGGAUACGACACCGUCCAGGUCGCAGGCAUCGCCGACACCAACCAGAUCUUCGGCCUGAGCGAGAAGGAGCCCGGCUCCUUCCUGUACUAUUCGCCCUUCGACGGCAUCCUGGGUCUGGCCUACCCCAGCAUCGCCUCCUCCGGGGCCACACCCGUCUUCGACAACAUGUGGAACCAGGGCCUGCUCUCCCAGGACCUCUUCUCUGUCUACCUGAGCUCCAAUGACCAGGGUGGCAGUGUGGUGAUGUUUGGCGGCAUCGAUUCUUCUUACUACACUGGGAACCUGAACUGGGUGCCUCUUUCUUCUGAGACCUACUGGCAGAUCACCGUGGACAGCAUCACCAUGAACGGCGAGGUCAUCGCUUGCAAUGGGGGCUGCCAGGCCAUCGUUGACACUGGCACCUCUCUGCUGUCUGGCCCAACCAAUGCCAUUGCCAACAUCCAGCGCUACAUUGGAGCCAGCCAGAACUCGUACGGCCAGAUGACGGUCAGCUGCGCAGCCAUCAACAGCCUGCCCAACAUCGUCUUUACCAUCAACGGCAUCCAGUACCCUCUGCCCCCCAGCGCCUACAUCCUGCAGAGCCAGCAGGGCUGCACCAGCGGCUUCCAGGGCAUGGACAUCCCCACCCCCGCCGGAGAGCUCUGGAUCCUGGGCGACGUCUUCAUCCGCCAGUACUUCACCGUCUUCGACAGGGCCAACAACCAGGUGGGCCUGGCUCCCGUGGCCUAAGCCUCAGGCCCUCCCGCUGCUGCCAGGAAGGUCCUGCCCAGCCCUGUGCCCACCCUAGGUGUAUAUAA